CGCCUACAAAUUGGACUAAAUGCGGCUUUUGUUACUUACCUGACUUAGUUUGUUUGCCUUAUGUGUCAGUGAAGAAAAUAUCCUUAAACCCAGAGGUUCUUCCCGUAACUUUAUUAAUACGUGAGUAACGGACAUUCUCGUGUAACGUUAACGUUAAAUUAGCGAACGUUACUCUGAAAUGUAACAGCUGAAGUCGACUCAACGCCAACCUCCUCGGUCAGCUGGUUGUUUUCUGAAGAAAGGAGACGGUAAAGAUGUGAAGCCCAGAAGCUCCGAGUCAUAAAGAGCUGCUGUUUACUUAACCUACAGAGUGAACUCAGCCUGGUGGCAAGACAGCAGUGGCUCUUGGUUCUCUCAACUCCAAACUUCAAACAACAGAUUUUGCUGAAAGGUGUUUGUCACAAGACCAACUCCACGUGCAUGCAUAAUGACCAAUUGGAUGGCAGUAGACUCCAUCCACGACGUUCCUCUCAUCAUAUGAACAACAUCUGUCAUGGCUCGGACCACUGCCUAGUGACAAAGAAGACAACCACUGCUGUCUUUAGAGGUUCGGGCCUCGAUAUUAAGGCCAUCAACAAAAGUCACCACACCGAUAUGAUCUCACUGACAGAGCUGAUCGUGAGGCGAGGCCAGCCCUUUGAAAUAUGCCUCUCUCUGAGGCAUCCUUUUGACCCAGAACUUCAGCCACUCAUUUUCUGUGCAAAGACAGUGAGAUGUCCAAGUGAGGAAAAGGGGACGGCAUCGACCUUCAGUAUCCAAGAUUCUGUGAAGCCCUCGCAAUUUGCAAAGGCGGUGUGGAAGGUAGGUCUUCAUAAGGAUUGCUCCCAGCCGGACAUACACCUGAAGCUGGACAUCACCCCCCCAGCUGAUGCCCCUAUAGGAAAGUACACCUUGACUGUGAGCCUCGGGAAUGAGAAAAUGUUACUGGCAAACCUGGUUAUCCUCUUCAACCCCUGGUGUCCCGAUGACUCAGUGUAUCUGGAGAAGCCGGAAGAGAGAGACGAGUAUGUGUUGAAUGAUACGGGAAUCAUUUACGCAGGCAGUAAUGACAACAUUUGCAAAAAAUUCUGGGACUUUGGACAGUUUGAGGAUGGCAUGGUGCAAAUUUGUUUGAAGAUACUGGACUGCAGCCUGCAACACAGGAAGGAUCCAAGUGAGGAUGCUGGCUCUCGCUCAGACCCAGGCUACGUUGGCCGCGUAGUAAGCGCCAUGGUAAACAAUAACGAUGACAGUGGUGUCAUUGUUGGAAAUUGGAAUGGAAAUUAUUGUGGUGGACGCAGCCCCACUUCCUGGGAUGGCAGUUACCGCAUCCUUAGACAGUGGUUUAACACUUACUGCACCCCGGUCAAGUAUGGGCAAUGCUGGGUGUAUGCUGGUGUCAUGUGCUCAGUGAUGCGCCUGCUGGGUAUCCCCACCCGCGUGGUCACCAAUUUCCAGUCAGCCCACGAUACUGACGGGAAUUUGACAAUAGACACAUACCACUACAAAGGCAGGAGAAUACCAACCAAAGACAGCAUUUGGAACUUCCAUGUGUGGGUGGAGUCAUUUAUGAAGCGCCCAGACCUUGGCGAAGAAGGCAGAUACGAUGGCUGGCAAGCUCUGGAUGCAACACCUCAGGAAAAGAGCAAGGGUGUUUUCUGCUGCGGUCCAGCCUCGGUCAAAGCCAUCCAGGCUAAAAGGACAGACCUCAAAUAUGACAUGCCUUUUGUCUACGCUGAGGUCAAUGCCGAUGUUGUUGACUGGCUGAUCAUAGGAGACAAAAAGGUGAGGAUGCACACUGACAAAGAGAAAGUCGGAAAGAAGAUCUCCACCAAAGCUGUUGGCUCCCGUGAGCGGUUGGACAUCACACACAACUACAAACCAGCAAUUACAGGAGCAGUCGCUACCAGCGCCACACUUAGAAGUCGCUCCGGAGAUGCUAUAAAUGUUCGCACAGGGUCGAGCAACGUUAUGAUGAUAACUGAGUCAGCAGAGAUGAUGAAGGAUAUCAAAAUUGAGAAGGCAGAGGAGGCAGGCAAGGAUGAGAAGACAGAGGAGAACGUUGUCGCUGGAAAGAUGGACGGCAGCAGGACGGUGGAGCUACCACCAGUGUCCAUGCAGUUUUCUAUGGUGAAAGAACCAAUAAAUGGUGAAGACGUGACCUUGAACCUGGUGCUGCAAUGCAGUGUUGUCAGACAGGUGACCAUCGACAUCAGCGUCUACGCCCGGAGGUACAAUGGCUCAGCAUCUCUGGACAUCCAGGGAGAGGAGACGGAGACGACACUUAACCCUGGGAAAGCUCUGUCCAUCCCUAUUGUGAUCCCGUUCUCGGCCUACUGUAAGCACAUGUUGCAGCAUGAUAGCAUGAGCAUUGAAGCCAUAGUUGAGGACAAAGAGAAUCCAGAUGAUGUGUACCUGGCUGAAUAUAGCAUUGUGCUGCUUGAGCCUACCAUCACCAUCACGGUUCUCAACAAGGCCAAAAUGAACGAGACGGCAACAGGGGAAUUUGUUUUCAUGAACCCGAUCAACACUUCACUAACGAAGUGCAGCCUGACUCUCUCUGGAUCUGGCCUGCUCAGAGAUGAGCUUGAAAUCAAGUUGCCAGAUUUAAAGAAAAACUGCAGAAUUCGUGCCACGUUUUCUUUUGUUCCCUACAAGUGUGGUCAGAAGACUAUUGUGGCCUCCUUCAACUGCUCCUCCUUUAGAGACAUCAAGUCCAACUGCAUGUUACAGGUUGAGCCGUAAAUUCUUAGUAUCACUGAGUAAGAGUCAAAUAUGUUAACUCAGAAACAUAAUCAAAUUUAAAACUCUUUUGGAAAAUUAAAAUUGUUUUCUAUUUCUGUGGGUUCAGGGAAUAGAUUGUACAAAAGAAGCGGAUGUAGCCACCGUUACUUCUUCCAUUCAUUUGUGGACUGCAAAGCCUUGAGCGUGGUAUUUUGGCUGUCAACAUCUAGUUGUUUUUUUUUUUUUUGGUUUCUUUGUUUUUUUCUGUUUGUUUUUUUGAGUCAGAAGUGGCCAUAUUUGGACAAGAGGAUGGAGCUGUCUUACACAUUGUCAUAAUGCAUUGCUGAGCCUCCAUCCUUAUCGUCAGGUUAAUGGUAACAACUCGUCAGUCAAAAGCAGCAACACCCUUAAGCUUGCUGUACCUUUAUCUCGCGUUAUAUUGAAGACUUGGAAAAUUGUGAUUAGGACUGAAUUGAGAUUGAAUUUGGAAAAUGUUUACUAAGUCUACAAAUCAAGUGAAAAGUAGGCUCAUUUUCUCAUAGACUUACAAAUCUCCCUCGCUGGCCAUUACAAAGAAUGUAGGUUCAAGCUGCUUCCUCAUUGACUUCACUUUUCAGAUCCCAGAGGCUACAUCCACUUCUUUCACACAGUCUGUGGUGCAGGGUAUAAAAACAGGUUGUUAUACAGUUAACAGCCGUGGAUGUUUGUCAAAACAAAACAUGUUUUCUGGCUGCAUUUUAUCAUGGUAACUUUCUGCAAUUGCUACUCGUAUUAUUCCUUGUGUGGUGUUCAAUAUUUGGGUAAAAUGGGGUCUGUGGAAAGAAGCCAUUAAGUGAUGAGUUGGACCAUGUCUUAAAACUCCAUAAAAAUACCUGGCAGUGAUAAAAAGCAGAGGACCAAAGUCAUGAAUGUUUUCCCUUUGAAGAAGACAAAGAAAGAGGUCUUACUUCUACUGUUUCCUGGUGCCCAGGAAUAGUCUACAGGCCUGUGUCCCUGCUUCAAUUUUGACCUACUCUACUUACUGUAGUUGUGUGUGCACAAUUUUCCUGUGCAGUGAGGGAUUAUUUCCAACAUUUUAGGUGCACUGACUUUCAGUUUGACCUCUGAAUAAAGGUCAAAUCUGGAUAAAAACCGGUUUGUUUUCAACCUGUGUGACUGCCCCUCUACGGUAUGUUGCCCUGUUGGACUUUCCUGUAGUGAUGUUGCUUUGUUUCCACAUCAGCAAUUGCCUACUUGAGUACAGUGAUACUUGAUCCAAUGGAAGUGUUGCAGAAAAGAUGAGAAAACAACACCCACAUUGCUAUAAAGCUGUCCUUCAAAUCCUGUUGGUGUGGCCUACACUGGAAACUGAAGGGGGGGUUUUAAAGUGGAGCUGUAUGAGAUACAUGUAUAGUCAGUGUGUUGCAUACAAUAGCUGGCAGUCGGCACACACCUGGUGUGCCGACCAGAAGAAAGCAGCUAAACUUGAUGCAACAACAGGCAGCAGAGGAAAACACACAAUUGUUGUUUCCAUUUGUAAGUGAUGAUCAGGGUUCAAUGUAACUUACAUCGUCUUAAGUCUUAGCUGCAUCUAAAAACAAAGAAAACAAAUCUAAUUCUUUAAACAUGCUUGGUCUUGCUCUUUGGGGAAAGUAAACAGGGGUUAAAAUUUCUCAUUUGGGCCUAAAAAGUAACAGGUCAAAUGUAAGGUGGAGUGUAUCUUUAUUUGUAUGGGGUGUAUGGGUUUAUUGAGUAUGUUAUGCACAAAUAAAAGGUUGAUUGGA